AGCAGCAGCAGCACCAUGGACCUGUCCUUCAUGGCCGCGCAGCUUCCUGUUAUGGGAGGAGCCUUUAUGGACUCACCCAACGAGGACUUUAGUACAGAGUACUCCCUGUUUAACUCAUCAGCCAACGUCCAUGCAGCUUCUUCCAUGCAGAAUCCAUCAGAGGAGCCAUCCCGUUCUUCAAAUGAUGCCAUAUUGUUAUGGAUUGCUAUAAUAGCAACAAUUGGAAAUAUUGUGGUUGUGGGAGUGGUGUAUGCCUUCACCUUCUAGGAUGACUGUCCCCCCAAACACUGGAAGAGAGGAUAACUGCAACAGUAUUUGUCAUGUAGCAUGUGAGCAGUUGGAAGCCAGCAAUGUUCUUUGGCACUUAAGCAUCUCCUUGACCAUCAGUAAAAUGUGAGGACUCAUCACAGGAAGUGCACAGAUCACUGAUAUAAGCUGUCUGCCUGUAGGAAGAUCCUAAUCAUUAUCAGCCUUAGCAAAAUCAUUAACUACUUCCCCCAAAUAGAAUAGUAAGAUGUGACCAUAAAGCUUGGUAACUGUAUCGUCAGCAUCCAUACAACUCAAAGCUCCUUACAGAAGCUCACAUUUUGUACAUCUAGUCCACUGUUCUGCAGUCAGCAUUUGCUGAGUUUUCCUCCACCUCACGUCCCUUGCCACCCUCAGCACGUCAGAAUCGGUGGUAAAUCACUUGGGGUAGGGCAAGGGGAGCAGAAGACGUGAAAAGCCUCAUGUAAUUGUGUAGGGCAAAGGCCAUUAACCACUACCUUAAUUCAGUGAAGGAAAACAAGCACAGUGUGCAACGCCAUGGGAGUUUCAAAUCUAGCCACACCUGCUGUUUUCAGAUGCACAGCCAAGCUGCUAUAGCCAGAUUGCACAUUUCUGAGUCUCAUUGUGACCAAAAGGAAGCGUAUUUCUUGGCCAGAGCUGAGAUUGCUGAACAGCCUCCCUCACGAGACCCUGCUUGUUCUGGUGUUGUUUGGGGAGCUUCCUGAGCUGAAGUUAUUAAGAUGAUGUCACAUUUCCUGUGCAGUUCAGUCUCACAAAUGAGCAAAUAAGAUUAAGCUGUUUACAGAUCUAGGCCUAAAACUCUUUUCAGUUACUGCCUUCAUAAGGAUGAUUGAAGCUCCCGAGCCCGCAAGCUGCUCUGUCCAGAGGGACCUUUGCCUCCACCUGGAGUCAACUGCAUUAACAACACCUCUUCUACACUUCUGACAUCUUGCUCAGUGGAUCACCUUCCAGAACUAGCUCUGGGUUGCUGGGGUUUAAUUUUAAAUGUA